AUGGGCGCACCGAGGCUCUGCGCGCCGUCGGUGGCACUGGGACUGCUGCUGGGUGCGGUGCUGGGACGCCUGGGCCCGGCCGAGGGCAGCGGUCGCGGCGGCCCGGGGGCGCUGGGGCAGCCUUCCGGGGUCGCCGCCGAGCGCCUGUGUCCCGCUCCCUGCCGCUGCCUCGGGGACCUCCUGGACUGCAGCCGCCAGCGGCUGGCGCGCCUUCCCGAGUCGCUCCCACCCUGGGUCGCUCGCCUGGACUUGAGUCACAACAGAUUGUCUUUCAUCAAGGCAAAUUCCAUGAGCCACCUUCAAAACCUUCGAGAAGUGAAACUGAACAACAAUGAAUUGGAGACCAUUCCAAAUCUAGGACCAGUCUCAGCAAAUAUUACACUUCUGUCCUUAGCUGGAAACAGAAUUGUUGAAAUAUUACCUGAACAUCUGAAACAAUUUCAGUCCCUCGAAACUUUGGACCUGAGCAGCAAUAAUAUUACAGAGCUUAAAACUCCCCUUCUGCCUCUACAGCUCAAAUAUCUGUAUCUCAACAGCAACCGAGUCACUUUAAUGGAACCCGGGUAUUUUGACCAUCUGGCCAGCACGCUCCUGGUGUUGAAACUGAACAGGAACCGCAUCUCAGCUAUCCCACCGAAGAUGUUUAAACUGCCCCGACUGCAGCACCUUGAACUGAACCGGAACAAGAUUAAAAACGUAGAUGGGCUCACAUUCCAAGGGCUCGGUGCUCUGAAGUCUCUGAAAAUGCAAAGAAAUGGAGUAACAAAACUUAUGGAUGGAGCUUUUUGGGGGCUGAGCAACAUGGAGAUCUUGCAGCUGGACCAUAACAACCUAACAGAGAUUACCAAAGGCUGGCUUUACGGCUUGCUGAUGCUGCAGGAACUUCAUCUCAGCCAAAAUGCCAUCAACAGGAUCAGCCCUGAUGCCUGGGAGUUCUGCCAGAAACUCAGUGAGCUGGACCUAACUUUCAAUCACUUGUCGAGGUUGGAUGAUUCAAGCUUCCUGGGCCUAAGCUUACUAAAUACACUGCACAUUGGGAAUAACAAAGUCAGCUACAUUGCUGAUUGUGCCUUCCGGGGGCUUUCCAGUUUAAAGACUUUGGAUCUGAAGAACAAUGAAAUUUCUUGGACUAUUGAAGACAUGAACGGUGCUUUCUCUGGGCUUGACAAACUGAGGCGGCUAAUACUCCAGGGAAACCGGAUUCGAUCUAUUACCAAAAAAGCCUUUACCGGUUUGGACGCAUUAGAACAUCUAGAUCUGAGUGACAACGCAAUCAUGUCAUUACAAGGCAAUGCAUUUUCACAAAUGAAGAAACUUCAGCAAUUGCAUUUAAAUACAUCAAGCCUUUUGUGCGAUUGCCAACUAAAAUGGCUCCCACAGUGGGUGGCAGAGAACAACUUUCAGAGCUUUGUAAAUGCCAGUUGUGCCCAUCCUCAGCUGCUAAAAGGAAGAAGUAUUUUUGCUGUUAGCCCAGAUGGCUUUGUGUGUGAUGAUUUUCCUAAACCCCAGAUCACUGUCCAGCCAGAAACACAGUCGGCAAUAAAAGGUUCCAAUUUGAGUUUUAUCUGCUCAGCCGCCAGCAGCAGCGACUCCCCGAUGACUUUUGCUUGGAAAAAAGACAAUGAACUGCUGCAUGAUGCCGAAAUGGAAAACUAUGCACACCUGCGGGCCCAAGGUGGCGAGGUGAUGGAGUAUACUACCAUUCUCCGGCUCCGCAACGUGGAAUUUACCAGUGAAGGGAAAUAUCAGUGUGUCAUCUCCAAUCACUUCGGUUCAUCCUACUCUGUCAAAGCCAAGCUUACAGUAAACAUGCUCCCUUCCUUCACCAAGACCCCCAUGGACCUUACCAUCCGCGCCGGGGCCAUGGCGCGCUUGGAGUGCGCUGCCCUGGGACAUCCAGCCCCGCAGAUAGCCUGGCAAAAGGAUGGGGGCACAGACUUCCCCGCCGCGAGGGAGAGACGCAUGCAUGUUAUGCCUGAGGAUGAUGUGUUCUUUAUCGUGGAUGUGAAGAUCGAGGACAUCGGGGUUUAUAGCUGCACAGCUCAGAACAGUGCAGGAAGCAUUUCUGCAAAUGCAACUCUGACUGUCCUAGAAACACCAUCAUUUUUGCGGCCCCUGUUGGACCGAACCGUAACCAAGGGAGAAACAGCUGUCCUGCAGUGCAUCGCUGGAGGCAGCCCUCCUCCCAGAUUGAACUGGACCAAGGAUGACAGCCCCUUGGUGGUCACCGAAAGGCACUUUUUUGCAGCAGGCAAUCAGCUGCUGAUCAUUGUGGACUCUGAUGUCAGUGAUGCCGGGAAAUACACAUGUGAAAUGUCUAACACCCUCGGCACUGAGAGAGGCAACGUGCGUCUCAGCGUAAUGCCCACUCCCACCUGUGACUCCCCUCAGAUGACCGCCUCGUCCUUAGACGAUGACGGAUGGGCCACCGUGGGUGUCGUGAUCAUAGCGGUGGUUUGCUGUGUGGUGGGCACAUCGCUCGUGUGGGUGGUCAUCAUAUACCACACAAGGCGGAGGAAUGAAGAUUGCAGCAUUACCAACACAGAUGAGACCAACUUGCCAGCAGAUAUCCCUAGUUACUUGUCAUCUCAGGGAACCUUAGCCGACAGACAGGAUGGGUACAUCUCCUCAGAAAGUGGAAGCCACCACCAGUUUGUCACGUCUUCAGGAGGCGGGUUUUUCUUACCACAACAUGACAGCAGUGGGACAUGCCAUAUUGACAAUAGUAGUGAAGCCGACGUGGAAGUUGCCACAGAUCCGUUCCUUUGUCCCUUUUUGGGGUCCUCAGGCCCGGUGUAUUUGAAGGGGAAUAUGUACGGCUCAGAUCCGUUUGAAGCCUAUCAUACAGGUUGUGGCCCUGACCUGAGAACAGCCUUAAUGGACCACUGUGAGCCCAGUUACAUAAAGAAAAAGGAGUGCUACCCAAGUCCUUAUCCUUCAGAAGAAUCCUGUGAACAGAGUGUCAGUGACAUAGGAUGGCCUUCACACAUGAGGAAGUUAAUCAGCUCUACUUACUCUCAAAAUGAAGGACCUGGAAUGAGAAGUUUGUGUCUAAACAAGUCCUCUUUAGAUUUUAGUCCAAGUCCAGAGCCAGCAUCAGUUACUUUAAGUAAUUCUUUCAUGGGAACAUUUGGAAAGCCGCUGAAGAGAGCUCAUCUGGAUGCCUUUUCAAGCUUUGGACAGCCAGCGGAUUGUCAGCCAAGAGCAUUUCACCUGAAAGCUCGUUCUUCCCCAGACUUGGACUCUGAGUCAGAGGAAUAUGGGAAAGAAAGGACAGAUUUUCAGCAAGAAAAUCACACGUGUACCUAUAAACAGACUUUAGAAAACCACAGGACUCCACAUUUUCAGUCUUAUGACUUGGACACAUAGACUGAAUGGGAGCAAAGAAGAGCUCGAACAUACUACCUCAAGUGGACUUUUAUUUAAAAGAGAGAAUCCUAUGUUUUUAAAUGGAGUUAUGAAUUUUAAAAGGAUACAGUGUCUUAUUUAUAUAGAUGGACCAAAAUUACAAAAAAUUAUAAAAAUUUUAUACUGGGAGUAACUUUCAUAUAAGAAUACCUUUUUAAACUAUUUUAACUUUGUUUUAUGCAAAAAAAAAAAAAUCUUAUGUAAAUUAAUGGUAUGAAUCCAUGACUAUUUUAUGUAUUUUUAUAAUGCCAGAUUUCUUUUUAUUGAAAACGAGUACUAAAGCAUUUUAAAUAAUACCUGUCUUGUACCCUUUUUGAAUAGAGUUCACUUAAUUUUAUUUUGCACAUUGCAUUUAAUAAAAUGUGUCAUUUUGAUCCCAAGCCC